AGCACCAAUCACAGGUGGAAAGUGAGUAUAAGAGAGAUCUGCCGACCAGCGAAGACUCAAGAAGAGGAAGAGAAAAAAGGGGAGUCAUGGACUUUUCUGCAACAGUGAUCCUGGGGGGGCUAAUCUUAGCUCUGCUUUGGUUGUUUAGUGUCAAAAACCGCAGGAAGUAUCGUUUGCCUCCGGGACCCUUUGCACUCCCUCUCAUAGGAAAUCUGCCGCAACUGGACAAAAAUGCCCCUUUUAAAAGCAUUGUUAAAUUCAGUGAAACCUACGGCCCUGUGAUGACCAUCAACCUGGGCUGGCAGCGGAUAGUUUUUCUGGUGGGAUAUGACGCAGUGAAGGAGGCUCUGGUGGACCAGGCAGACGACUUCACAGGCAGAGGGCCAUUUCCGUUUCUGAUGAAACUUACCAAAGGCUACGGUUUGGGGAUCAGCAACGGGGAGCGCUGGCGCCAACUGCGACGUUUCACACUGACGACCCUGAGGGACUUUGGGAUGGGACGCAAGGGCAUGGAGGAGUGGAUCCAGGAGGAGAGCAGACACCUGAGGGCCCACAUUGAGUCAUUCAAAGGCAAGCCAUUUGACCCCACGUUCUUGAUAAGCUGCACCGUGUCCAAUGUGAUCUGUUGCCUGGUGUUCGGCCAACGCUUCGGUUACGAAGACAAGACGUUCCUGCAGCUCCUCCACAUCAUAUCUGAGAUUCUAAAGUUUCUGAACAGCCCUAUUGGUCAGUUGUACAACAUCUUUCCCUGGCUCAUGGAGCAACUGCCUGGCCCCCAGCAUGCUACCUUUGCCAAAGCUGAGAAGUUGAGAGAGUUUAUAAACAUGAAGAUCAAAGAGCACAAAGAGACACUGGACCCAAGCUCCCCGAGGGACUUUAUUGACUGCUUUCUCAUCAGAAGCAAUAAGGAAAAGGACAAUCCCACAACAGAGUUCAUCCAUGAAAACCUGGUCGGCACAGUGUUGAACCUCUUCAUGGCAGGAACGGAAACCACCAGCUCCACCAUCAGAUAUGCCCUCAAUGUGCUGAUCAAAUACCCAAACAUACAGGAGAAAAUGCAGAAGGAGGUUGACACUGUGAUUGGACAAAGCUGUAGUCCCAGCAUGGAGAACAGGAAGUCCCUCCCCUUCUCAGAUGCAGUUAUCCAUGAGGUGCAGCGUUUUCUGGACAUUGUCCCCUUCAGCCUCCCUCACUUUGCAUUCCAGGACAUCUCUUUUAGGGGUUACACCAUUCCCAAGGACACCUUCAUUAUGCCCUUGUUGCACUCUGUGCUGAAAGAGGAGAAGCAAUGGGCAACUCCCAAGUCCUUCAACCCGCAGCACUUCCUGGACCAGAAUUUCAACUUCAAGAAAAAUCCUGCUUUCCUGCCUUUUGCUGCAGGGAAGAGAUCCUGUGUUGGCGAGGCUCUGGCUCGUAUGGAGCUUUUCAUCUUCCUGGUGUCCCUGAUGCAGAAUUUCACCUUUUCCUGCACCGAAGGCCCCGACAGUAUUAACCUCACUGCAGAGUACAGCAGCUUCGCCAAUCUCCCCCGCGUGUACCAGAUCAUCGCCACACCGCGGUGAGACCAGGAGCCCCCCCCCCCUCGGGCCGUCUAUCAACCCUGAAGCACCCUGAGUCCCCCAUACAGAUACAACAUAGGCUGCUUUAUUGUGACGCAGCAAUGCAUUCUUAUGAAUCCUCUUGUCUUUGGUUGUCUUUAUGUAUUUUAAUCAAGUCUUUGUGCCUGUGUUAGUUGUGAAACGCUUUCUACUGCUAUUUAAAUAUAUUGCUACAUUACUACAACAAAAGCACACAUAUAGAAAAUAUAUAUAUAUAAAUGGCAAUGAAUCACUUCCUGCUGUAAAAUAAAUUGACUAACUUAGAGUUGAAAGGAAUCAACUACGACGUUUUAUUUGAUAUAUUUUAAUUUCACACCGUUGCCUUUUUACAAUAUCUCACCAGGAAAUAUAAAUAUAUAAGCAACUAUAUAAAUACUAGGGUCUUGAAUACUUUGAAUGUACCAGCUCUGUAAAAACUCUGCCUUCAAAAUAAAGUCA